UCAUAAACCCUAGAUAGCAGCCACCUCAGUUCCCUCUCUUCUUCUCAACAAACGAGAAACUUCUCAAAACUCCCCCUUUCUCCACCAUGUCUACUUGAUUCUUGAAUCAACGACCCAUGAGCAACAGAUCUCGAUCCUCUCAAUCGAGUUUCUCAAUCUUUCUUCGAUCUCCGUAGAUCUACUCGAUUCGAAAUCGGAUUCGGGGCCCUCCGAGAAGAUAGAUCGACGGAGUAACAACAAGUCAGAGCCUAUUUGAGUGAAACGCUGUCGUUUGAGCCCUAUUUGAGUGAAACGCUGUCGUUUAGAUGCCUUCAGUGGGUAUGAGACGCACCACAAGGGUAUUCGGGGUGGUUAAAGCAGCGGACGGAGCUCGGGUCCUCCGCUCGGGUCGCCGGAUUUGGCCCAAUAACGACGAGCCCAAGGCCAAGCGGGCCCACGAUCCAGAUUGGGACUGCAAAGGGAGCAAAGUCUUCGCAGAGAAGCAACAACACGACAAAGGUGAAGACUUUACCGUCGCGAAACGGAGGAGAGUGAGAACGGAAGCUGUUGGAGAUGGGAAGAGUGUGGAUACUAAGUUUGGGAUUGUAUAUAAUAGAAAAAGGAAGAGACUUUGUGACCAGUCAAGUGGUGGUUCAGACCUCAAGUUUUAUCGCAGGCGGACAAGACGACUAUGUGGUCCUGUGAUUGCUCUUACAGUAGACUGGUCUUGUGGGGAUUGCUGGUUGUCGACUGUUUUUGGUUUGGUGAUGAGGUACUUGAGGAGGGAAGAUCUGAGUCUGCGCUCGCUUUCGUCUUUCUUCUUAACUCAACCUAUCAACGACGUCUUUGCAGAUCAUGGCGUGAGGUUUCUUGAGGAGCCUACUUCCCUUAGCUCAAGGGGUGUAUGCAAGUUCUUUGGUGGCGUGGAUCGUCUUCCUAUCUUGUCAGCUGAUUUUGCUGCCAUUCCUCGAUGUUUUAUGGAUUUGCAUUUGACUCUGUUUCUCAGAGUGGCACCACGCUCCUUUGCUUUCUUAAAGAGAUCUCUUUAUUUGCUAAACAACCCAGUUGUUGAAGAAACUGAUUCAGAGUCUGAGUUAGUUUCAUCUCCACCUUGUAAUCCGAAGAGAGCCUCUAAUGCUCAGUAUAGAGGCAAUUUAGGGUUUCAUAGUAUCCAGAAGAGGAGAAGAUCCUUAAGAAGGAGAAGAGCGAGAAACCUUUCUUAUAGCGGACACAAGCUGUACAAUGGAACGUCUGUUUUCGAACUAUCAUGGAGAAACAGGACAUCAGCAGCAGCAGUAUCUACGAGAAGGCUUAGAAGCUCGGUGCUAAACAACUCAAAUGAGAUUAGUGUCGUUCCAAAACCGUUGACGAAAGAGGAGCUUGAUUCUCUACGUUGUUCUGUGAAUAUUUUGGUUUUGGGUUCAGACAGGUGCACCAGAGAAGAAGGUUUCAGCGCCGUGUUGGAGUUCGUUUCUUCAAAGGAAUGGCUCGUUGUUAUCAAGAAGGAUGGGGAAAUCAGAUACAGGCUCAGGGCCAGGAAGACUAUGAGACCUUGCUCGUGCAACAGGUUCACACAUUCUGUUGUUUGGGUAGGGGAUAACGGUUGGAAGCUUGAGUUUUGCGAGAGGCGAGAUUGGCUCGGUUUCAAGGAGAUUUAUAAAGAAUGCUAUGAAAGGAAUGUGUUGGAACAGAGUGCGAAAGUCAUUCCUAUUCCUGGAGUAAGAGAAGUGUGUGGUUAUGCAGAUGAUUAUCCCUCGUUUUCUAUGCCGGUUCCGUAUAUAUCUGUGAAAGAAGAUGAGGUUUCAAGGGCCAUGGCUCGAACCACUGCGGUUUAUGACAUGGAUUCUGAAGAUGAAGAGUGGCUGGAGAGGCAACAACUUGAGGAGGAUACUUUUGAGUUGAUGAUUGAUGGGUUUGAGAAGUUCUAUUUCCAUAACCCUGCCGAUGAUCUCUUGGAUGAGAAAGCAGCUAGUAUAGCUAGUCUUUUGUAUCUGGGUAGGCAAGAUGUGGUUGAAGCAGUGUAUGAUUACUGGGCGAGGAAAAGGAAGCAGAGGAAAGCACCGCUCCUCAGAGUUUUCCAGGGUCAUCAAGCUAAGAAGACUCCGUUAUUUUUCAAACCUGUGUUUCGUAAGAGAAGGUCCUUCAAAAGACAGGGGAGUCAACUCCAUGGCAAAUCCAAACAAUCAAGUCUCGUGUCUGUAAAGGCGGCUAAACUAGAAGCUUGGGAGGGACAAAACGUUUUUCUUAGAGUGGAAAAAGCCAAAGCCUUGGCCGAUACAUCUAUGGAGAUUGCCAUGGCCAAAAGAAGAAGAGCUCAGGUUCUUGCAGAGAAUGCAAAUUUGGCUGUUUACAAAGCCAUGCUGGCUCGUAGGAUUGCACAAGCCGUGAAAGUAGUAGCUGAUUCAAGUGGCGAGGUGGCCACAUCCCUUUUCUUGAACUUAUAAUAUAUGGUAAUGACAGAAAAUUAAACAAGCUUCCUUGGAUUGAAUCAAAAGGCUUGCUUCUUUUUGAAGCAUAAUAGUCUCUGUAGCUUCUGCUUAUGUGUAUAUAGUUUCUCUACGCUAGGGAUUGUAAAUGGGUUUAGAAUAUUUUUUCCU